GGGCCGGCCCAGUGUCAAGGGCAUAAUUGUCCAAGGUAUUAUUUACCUAUGGCCGUAUACCCGAAUACCCCCAAAUCGCUUUAUCUUUAUGUCUUAAAAGUAGUCUAGGUUAAUUCUUUCGUUUAGGUGCCGCCGAGUCACAGUGUGACAUUUUGGUUUUUUCAUAUGCAAGCCUGCCAAGGCCAAAAUUCUCAAUAGAUACUAAAGGGGGUACAUGACUAGUCUGACCCCCGCCCAAGCCUUGUCGCACUCUUUGCAAGUUAAGCUAUUUUCUUUGCAAUUGACAGUCUUCAAUGCUUUCUUUAUGAUGUUUUCAACUAUUUACUUUCUCUCUCCCGUUUUAUAAAAAUAUUUUCUCAAGAAUGAGGAGGGAGGCUACAUCAUACCGCGAGUUUGUCCGUGGAUUCCGAAUUUCGAACGGCUGACUUGUUGAUUGAGCUAAACCAGUGCCGCACAAUCAUGUUGAGAAGUUACGAUUGUGACAAGUGGUAUCAGAGCAAAAUUCGCUAAUUGACGACAAGAACAAAACAUGUCGUCUGUGAAUCCCUCGGGCAAGGCCCAGAAAGACCGACUAGCAGAGCUAGAAGAGCAGAUGCUCUACCUAGUCGAUGUUCCCGACUCCAUCUGCUACUUGGAGUCUCGUCUCGAUGAAAUUUCCGAGAAAAUUGAUGCAAUCGAUGCGGUAGCUGGCCGUCUCGAAGCGUUACCGAUACAAGAGUUAUUGGCAAGAGUCGUCACCCUAGAAACAAACAUAAGUGUCGGAAGAACUGUUAACUACGAGCGUGGAGACAGUUCAUCAGACUUUGCUACCCACAUGGAAGAACGUGUCAGCGAGCUAGAUUGCUCUCAAAAGACACUAUUAGAGAUGAUAACGGCAUGUCGAAGGAUUUUAGAGUCACCCUCGAUGUCGUUAGGAAUGAAAUCGCAGACGUGAACGCGAGGAUGAAUCUCACGAUGCGAGCAAUGGGAAACCAAGCUCCAGCUGUAGGAGCAAUUUCGGUUAGCAUAGUAAAGAUCCCGGAACCAAAGCCCUUCUGUGGGGCAAGAGAUGCAAAGGCUUUAGAGAAUUAUAUUUUCGACCUUAAAUAGUACUUCAAGGCUACAAACACUGUCACCGAGGAAGCCAAAGUGACAUUGGCAACAAUGCAUCUGUCUGAAGAUGUCAAGUUGUGGUGGAGGUCCCGAUACGUGGACAUACAGGAAGGGCGUUGCACAAUAGAUACUUGGGACACCAUGAAGAGAGAACUCCGCUCGUAAUUCUUCCCCAAGAAUGUGGAAAUCCUUGCUCGAUGAAAGUUGCGGGAUCUAAGACACACUGGCGAGAUUCAGGAGUACGUGAAACAGUUCGCGGGGUAAAUGUUAGACAUUCGCGAUAUGUCAGAGAAAGACAAAGUAUUCUGUUUUGUCGAAGGGCUAAAACCAUGGGCAAGGGUCAAGUUGUAUGAAUAAAGGAUUCAAGACCUCACGUCAGCUUAUGCAGCAGCCGAACGGUUGUUCGAUCUGACAAGUGACUCUCAAGAUGUGAGACAUCACCAAAGUUCCUCACCUGGAAGGAACAGGAAUAGUCAUCCGAGUUCUCCCAAAGCUGUCAGGGGAGACGAAUGUCCUGGUAAAGACCGCAGAUCUCACCAGUCAAACACAGAGAACACAUGGCAAAGGCCGAAUAAUCGGAGCCCACCCAAGCGUCCCCUUAGUUGUUUCAUAUGUGGGAAGCCACAUCUGGCAAGAGAAUGCCCGAAUAAAGUUGACUUCCAUGCGUUUCAGGCCUCAUUAAUCGCGGAUUCAGACGAUAAGUCAAAUCAAGCUAAGGACGAAAUAUGCCAGAUAGAUGGGAGUGGAAAGACUCGAAUAGGGGCCAUAAAAUACAUGUCAUCUCUCUAGAAAAAGUCAAGGGAGAGACACGUACCAACAAAAAGAAGCUUACUAUAUGUUGACACCUGAAUCAACCAAAAGCAGACUAAGAGCACUAUGGUUGAUUCUGGUGCAACCCACAACUUCAUAACUGAGGUGGAAGCUAGAUGUUUAAGGAUCCGUUGGAAGAAGGAUUCAGGAAGGAUGAAGGUCAUGAAUUUCGUUGCCCUACCUAUCGUCGGAAUGGUGAAGCGAGCGACGAUAAAGUUGGGAGGAUGGAAAGGCCCCGUAGACUUUGUGGUUGUAAAGAUGGACGACUUUGAUGUAGUACUGGGAAUGGAGUUCCUCCUUGAACAUCAAGUCAUACCAAUGCCCUCAGCCAAAUGUCUAGUGAUUACCGGAUCUUUCUCCAUGGUAGUACAAGCAGAUAUUCGUCAGCCUAACGGGUUCAAAAUGAUAUCGGCCAUGCAACUAGACGAGAGUCGCGCCCAAGAAGAACCACCAUCUGUGGAGAUCCUGCUUGGGGCGUUGGAAAAGCCGGGGGAGACAGUCCCCAAGGACACUCUGUGUGUCCAAGAGAAGUGCCAUGGUGUGAUGCCAAGUAGUUGGCCCAAGUCCUCAUCGAUGCGAAGGAGAACCGACCAUGGGGUAGAAUCGCCAUCAGAGGCAAAAGCGCAUGCGAAGAAUGCUUAUCGCAUGGCGCCGCCGGAGUUAGCCAAACUUUGGAAACCAUCAAAGAUGUUGUUGAAUACAGGAUUUAGUAGACCUGUACAAGCUCCGUAUGUAGCCCACGUCCUUUCCCUGAAGAAGAAGGACAGAAGCCCACAACAGUUUGUUGAUCACCGUACCCAGAGUAAGCUCACAGUGCGGUGCAACUAUCCACUCCCCAUGCUCACGAGGCAGGUGGACCGCCCCCGUGGGGUGAAGUACCUCCCGAAGUCAGACAUCCAAUCGAGGUACUGUCAAGUAAGAACAACGAAGGCAAAGGGACUCGAGACAACUUGUGUCACUGGACAUGAAGCAUACGAGCUCCCCGUGGUGCCACUGAGUCUUACCGAUGCCACGGGAGGAAAGUGUUGUUCUGUACAGAGCCAGAUGAACGUGCUGGGUCAUGUGGGGGAGUGCCACCAAAGUGGGUUGUUGAGAGAAGAAGACACUUAGUGGAGUGAGAACCUCGAGUGUCAGGCCGCCUUCAAUGGUUCAAAGCAAGCCAUGAUCGAGGGGCCAAGUCUUAGGGUCGUCGAUGCGACCAAGACUCCUGAAGUUGAAGCCGAGCAAUUCAGCUAUGUGCUCGGAGAAUACCUGCAUCAUUGUGUUGAUGGCAGACAAAAGAAUUGGGUUCAACUGCUGAAGGUAGCCCAAUUCGAUCAUAGUGCUCAGACAGACUCGCUGAUUAAGAGAAGUCCGUUCGAGAUUAAAGGUAAGAGGCAUUCUGUAUUACCGUCCUCGCUGAUGGUCCUUAUGUAGGGGACUGCCCUCAAGUCCACCGAGUUGGAGAGGAAUGUGAACAGAUGGCCGACAUCGCUCGAGUGUGCCUAAAAGAAGCUUCAAGGUCGAUGGAGGAGAGGGGAGAUCAAAAGCGAUUCCCUCUCGAGUUCAAGUGGAUGACCAACCUUCCAAUUGACGAUGCAACAACGCCGUAUGAUUAUCUGUCAACCUGGACCUGGAGGAAGACAGAGAAGUUAAGGAAGUCUUUGCUGACAGAGUAAGGAUUGGUAGAAGGCCCACGAGGAGACACAUAAAUUCCUGUUGAAGCGGAAGAAGCCCAUCGUGGAGGUAACAAGAGAGGACAUGUCGAAGACCUUGAAGCGUGGGUGCAGAAGACCGAAGAGCUCCAGCUUCGCCAGUUGACGAGGACGUCAACCAUUUAAGUGAGGAGAAUGUCAAGGGCAUAAUUGUCCAAGGUAUUAUUUACCUAUGGUCGUAUGCCCGAAUACCCCCAAAUCGCUUUAUCUUUAUGUCUUGAAAGUAGUCUAGGUUAAUUCUUUUGUUUAGGUGUCGCCGAGUCACAGUGUGACAUUUUGGCUUUUUCAUAUGUAAGCCUGCCAAGGCCAAAAUUCUCAAUAUGUACUAUAGGGGGUACAUGACUAGUCCGACCCCCGCCCAAGCCUUGUUGAACUCUUUGCAAGUUAAGCUAUUUUCUUUGCAAUUAACAGUCUUCAAUGCUUUCUUUAUGAUGUUUUCAACUAUUUACUUUCUCUCUCCCGUUUUAUAAAAACAUUUUCUCAAGAACGAGGAGAGAGGCUACAUCAUACCACGAGUUUGUCCGCGGAUUCCGAAUUUCGAAUGGCUGACUUGUUGAUUGAGCUAAACAAGUGCCGCACAAUCGUGUUGAGAAGUUACGAUUGUGACACCCAGCACUCACGACAGCAUCGUUGUUACGGAGUACACUCGACGUCAACAACAGAAUCUAACCAGUGUGCACACGGUAAUCUCUAUCCUCAGGCUCAAGAUCUCAGUCACGUUAAUGAAAUUUCAUAAAUCAUCUAAAAAUAUUAAAACAUGCCUGCUUAUAAAUUUUACACAAAGCUCGAUCUUUACUCAGCUCUUUCGUGGAAAAUUGUAGUUCUUAAAACAAAACUUAUUACUAAUUCAUGCUUUGCUUAAAACAUUGUGGUUUAAAUACUUUUCAAACAUUUAAUAUCUACGUGCUAGCAUAAAUUUCUUUAAGAAAUCUAGUCUCCAAAUGUAUACUUAAAAAUAGUCAUGAAAUUCAAAUACCAAUAGUCAUGAAAUUCAAAUACCUUUCACGGUUUCGUAAGUAAACAUUUAUCGUAUUCAAUCAUAAUAACAGUCAUGGAAAAUAUUUCAAAGUUGGUUUUGUCACUCACCGUCUUGUGCUAGAUCCUUGGUCUAGAAGCUCAGUUUAAUUAUUCUCGGCCUGCCAACAACCCAACCGAGUAUUCGAACUCUAAACAUUCUGGUUUUCUAAAGAUAUACAUAACAUGAAGCACCAAAGAUGACGCUCACGAAAACAAAGCUUAAGAAAUAAAAUCCUAUUUCAAAUGACUAUAACUUUCUCAAUACUUAACCAAAAUGAGUGUUCUUUAUAUCAAAAUCUUCAUUUUGAGAUCCUCUAAAACUUACCUAAAGAUAUGUAAAUCUGAUUCCCUAUGAAUAAACUUAGAUAACCCUCCAAACAGAACCACUUCCAGAAUCGCGCGCACACGACCUCUUUAAAUUGUCCCUAUAAUUUAACUGAUAUUUAGUCGUUUGUGGUUCACGCUUUCUUCAUGAAAGUUGUAUUAAAUUGAACGAACUUUCCAACGAUAUUAAAUAGAGGUUCUAACUUCACUUUUACACUCUGAAAUACAAGAAAAACCAGAGGCCUCCUGAUUUCGAGAGAAAACCAACUGCACUGUUUUCUUCGUAAAAAAAAACCCAAUGAAUAUCCGAAGUUGCUCCAACUUUAUUCAUAAAUUUUUUUUGAAAAUGAGCUAACUUUCAGUAAAUGUAAACCUCACCUCUUAAUUCCUUUUGAAGAGUUCAAACCGAAUUAAAAACCAGUGAUGUGCAGAUUGAACCAAGAUUCAGCCAUGGAUACACUUUGCUUGAGUUCUCCUCCUCUUCUUCAGCCUCAAAAUUCUAGUUAGAAGAAGAUCAGCCAAAUUUAUAAACCAAGGAUUUAAAGCUUUGUAUCUGUUCUCCGGACACAACAAAAAGGCAUUGGAAGAACAAACGUCAGGAAAGACACAUUAUUGAGAACUCCCAAUGGAAACAUCAAUUUUAUAGGAUUGAGACGAAGAUUCUGUAAACCCGAUAUUUUCUUGGUUUAAUUUCUUUAAAUCUGGAAAAAAAAAAAGAAAAAAAUGGAAAUUAAGUGUAAAUAUAAAUAUAUAUAUUUAUAUAUUAAAUAGUUUUAUUAAAUUAAUUAAAGAAAAGAAAGAAAAGAAAGGACAAAAAGAAGAAAAGGAGAAGAAAAUUUCAUUUUCUCUUUUCUUCUUCUUCUUCUCUUCCCUUCACCGCCAAGUUUGAAGACAUCCAAGUUCCCUUUAUUUUUUUGUUCUUUUUCCUUCUUCAAUUUGCAGAGAACUUCUAAGAGAGAGUUUGGAAGAAGAAGAGAAAUUUUACUAGAAUUUUUUAGGUUGAAGAAGAGGAGGAGAACUCAAGCAAAGUGUAUCAAUGGCUGAAUUUUAGUUCAUUCUGCACAUCACUGGUUCUUAGUUCGGUUUGAACUCUUCAAAAGGAAUUAAGAGGGCAGUUGGUUUUCACUCGAAAUCAGGAGGUCUCUGGUUUUUCUUGUAUUUCAGAGUGUAUGGGUGGAGUUAGAAUUUCUAUUUGGAACAAGUUAAAGAGGUCGUGUGCGCGCGAUUCUGGAAGUGGUUCUGUUUUGAGGGUUAUAUGUGUUUAUGCACGGGGAAUCAGAUUUAUAUGUCUUCAGGCCGAGAAGAAUUAAACCGAGCUUAUAGACCAAGGAUCUAGCCCAAGACUGUGAGUGAUAAAACCAACUUUGAAAUAUUUUCCAUAAUUGUUAUUAUGAUUGAAUGCGAUAAAUGUUUAUUUACGAAGCCAUGAAAGGUAUUUGAAUUUCAUGACUAUUUUCAAGUAUACAUUUGGAGACUAGAUUUCUUAAAGAAAUUUAUGCUAGCACGUAGAUAUUAAAUGUUUGGAAAGUAUUUAAACCACAAUAUUUUAAGCAAAGCAUGAAUUAGUAUGAAGUUUUGUUUUAAGAACUACAAUUUUCCACGAAAGAGCUGAGUAAAGUUCGAGCUUUGUGUAAAAUUUAUAAGCAGGCAUGUUUUAAUAUUUUAUGAUGAUUUAUGAAAUUUUCAUUAACUACAUGACUGAGAUCUUGAGCCUGAGGCUAGAGAUUACCGUGUGCACACUGGUUAGAUUUCGUUGUUGACGUUGAGUGUACUCCGUAACAACGAUGCUGUCGUGAGUGCUGGGCGGGCCCCACUACGACAAAGACGAUGGGAGUGCUGGGCGGGCCCCACUACAUCGUAGUGCUUGUAAACGUUGUUGUACUAGGUGUACCCUACACAACGUAGAUUCGUCAUGUUAGUUAAAAUGCUUCGAUAUACUUGAUAUGCCUUGCUAGAUUUCAAUGAUGAACAUGCUGAGUAUUUAAGGAAGCUAUUCUUACUAUUACACAUUUACAUUUACGACUUGUAUAAACAGAUUUAUAUGUGUAGAGUUUUCACGUGCUCUUAUCUUUAAAUUCAUAGUUUUAAACUGAGUCACUCACUGAGCUCCAUAGCUCACCCUUUCCAAAAUGUUUUACCCAUUUUCCAGGUAGAGAUCGACUUCCCGGUGCCUGAUAGACUGCCUUAGUCUGCGGAAGCUUCAUUAUCGAUUGCCAGUACGUGUUUUGAGUUGGGCAUAAAGUCUGUUGUGUUGUGAUGUAUUCACACCCUUGUAUGUUAUAGAUACUCCACAGUUUGUAUAAGCUUUAGGAGCUGUAGUUGCGUAAAUUUUGUUGGUUACAUUUUGAUUAAGGUGUCUUUAGGUUUACUCGUGAAAUUGGUAAAUUUUGAGGUACACUUCAUGUAUGUGUUUGACUAGCUGUGUUUGACUAGCCUAGGAUCCGAUGUGUUUUGUGGCAUGUUCAAUAGUUUAUAUACUAGAUUGGCAAGUUCAUCA